AUGGCAUCCAUCGGGGCGCUCCCUCAGACCCUCAAGUCCAUCACCGAAACCAAAAUCACGGAGCUGUCUAAGCAACGGGUCCUCUUCAACAAACGCAAAGCUGAUAUCAUUGCAGCUGCAAACGCUGCACCCGAUCUGCGUGACCGGGCUCGCAUCCUUCUGGACGGCCUUUCCCGGUUGAAAGGGUACCCCCAGGAUGCCCUUGACAAAGACGACUUGGAUCUGGAUGUCGACUCCUCUGACGAAGACUCUAACGAGGUGGAAGUCACUUCGCCAGGCAUGGGCCAGAUGUACCAGGCUGACCACACCAACAUUCGCCGCUUCCUCCUCCAAGGCCGCUAUGACCCAUCAAUCUCGGACUCUGCUGUGAAGGACUGGAUUACUCGACUGGAGAAUGAUCUACGCUUUUUGGAGCUCAAGCAUGAGCAUGCAUCAUUCUACAGCAAGCUGGUUACCGAGUGGCUGUCACAUUUGAAUGACGCCAAUAAGGAUCCCGCUAUCGAACAGACAGACGAUGCGGCUUCUACCAAGUCUGACGCUGGCUUUGAACACGUGGGCCGGAAGGAGAUGCAUGAGCAACGUGCACAGUGGGAGUCCUUGGCCUUCACGGGUACCACCCAGGUGAACGAAGAGUCCAUCAACGCCUAUCUUGAUGGCCUGUUCCAAAAGACCAAGCUAUCCCGACAGGCACUCAAGGAGCUUCGCGAAAGUGUUCACAGGUUCGGCACCCACUUGGCCACUAAGGGAGAGUGGCUGGACGUCGACGAGCUCCAAUGGGUAGCCAGUGCACUGAUGAAGACGGACUUGCUCAGCAAUGAGAAGGCCGCUAUCCUCAAGGAGUUCAUGCGCAACAAAGAAGUGUUGCAGGAGGUAGCAGAUGUCCUCAACAUGCGCCUCGCGUCCCUUGACAGUUGGUCUUGGGGUGGUGACGGCAUCCCAAUCGAAAUGCGUCGCCAAUUGAACGGCAAAUACCGUGUUUUCAUGGAUGAAGACCUUCUUGACAGUCUGUUGCUGCAGUAUCUGGGAACUACAUGGGCCGUCCAGCUGCGUACGGUGUUCAGAGACUUUUUCUACUCACGCGCAUGGGAUUCGGUAGAGGAGGACAUCCCCAAAGAAGAUCUCGAGCGACGAAAGUACUUCCUUGGAAAGGGAACAAACCUUGGCACUGCUGGCAUUAAUCAGCUUCGGAAACGCCUCUACGGCGAGAAGUACUUCUUGAGUCAACUGCCCGAAUCCCGCCCCGAAGGUGCACGAAGCUAUGACGACGAUGCCCAAGUCAAAAAUGCAUUAGACACCAAGCAUUCGCUUCUUCAUCUGCUAAUUACCGAGUCUUUAAUUCAGAAGGACCAACAUGGCGAGUUUACCGCAAUCCGGUCCGACUACCAGUGGUUUGGGCCCUCUUUGCCCCAUGCCACAGUUUUGACAACCUUAAAAUACUUUGGCAUCCCAGAGAUGUGGUUAAACUUUUUCAAGGUGUUUCUGGAGGCCCCACUCAGGUUCGUUCAGGACGGACCUACUGCUUCCACUCAGAUUCGAAAGCGCGGCGUCCCCAUGAGCCACACUCUCUCGGAUGUCUUCGGGGAAGCGGUUCUGUUUUGCAUGGAUUAUGCGGUCAACCAACAUGCCAAGGGUGGAAUCCUGUAUCGACUUCACGACGACUUCUGGUUCUGGGGCGCCGGGGCGACCUGCGAGACGGCCUGGGAGGCAAUGACCGAGUACGCCAACGUCAUGGGUCUGCAGUUCAACGAGGAAAAGACUGGAACCGUUCGCAUGGGAACAGCUCGGGAUAAGCAGAGUUCCGUCCUCCCGUCUGGCGACAUCCGCUGGGGAUUUUUGGUUCUCGAUGCAGGGCAGGGCAGAUUCGUUAUCGAUCAGGCGCAGGUGGAUCAACACAUCGAAGAGCUUGACCGACAGCUCUCCUCCUGCAAAAGUGUGUUCACCUGGGUACAGGCUUGGAAUGGGUACUUUGGACGGUUCUUCGCCAACAACUUCGCGAGACCUGCCAUGUGUUUUGGACGCGACCACAUCGACAUGGCCGUUUCGACGCUGAGCCGUAUCGAGCAAGUUCUCUUCAGCAAGGCUUCAAACAAGGCCUCGGAAAAAAAUGGAGCCAGCGUCACCAACUACCUGCGUUCCGUUAUUGCCAAGCGAUUCGGCAUUCGCGACCUGCCCGAGGGAUUCUUCUACUACCCUGUCGAGCUGGGGGGUCUUGGACUGCUGAACCCGUACAUCCGGUUGUUGGCCAUGCGUGAGAAUAUCAAGCAGACUCCCCAGAGACUGCUCCAGAAGGCGGCCAUCGAUGAUGAAUACGCAUACCAAGUGGCCAAGGAGCGCUUUGAGAGGGAGGGCUCGGAUUGCCCGAAGACUUUGAAGAACAAGAAGGGGGAGCACCUACCAUUCAUGUCGCUGGACGAGUACAUGCGGUACCCCGAGACAUACAGCUUGAACCUCGAGUACGCAUACAAAAAUUUGAUCGAGGUGCCGGAAGAGAAGAGUGUUUCAGCCACUGCGGGUUUCACCAAGAGCCAAAAUGGGCUGAAGGGGCCUAAGGGAAAGGCAAGCAAGCCAGGCUCGAUCUCAGCGACCUGGAGUAAGAUGACUCCCUAUUGGCGCUGGGCUGCGGAGCUGUAUCAUGAUGAGAUGGUGCGCACCUACGGAAGUCUGGCUGCUGUGAAUCGGGAGUUUUUGCCUUUGGGUGUGGUUAAGACUUUGAAGGAGGGGCGGUUCAGAUGGCAGGGUUGA